CUCUGUUAUGUAGCGCGUGCUUGCUCCCGCUUCUCGAGAAAGAGUACUGUGGACAAGAGUUACCGAUAGAAAAUGAUGUAGAUUUGGUCUACAUAUGAUGUCCAAUACAUCCUGUGAAGCGCAUUUUAUGGAAAAAGGAUUUCCCAUGCGACCCUAGCCAGCAUACGGUCGAUCCAGUGAGAUGCCUUCGUGAGUUUGAUCGUUAAUUUUGAUAACAUCUUUUCACAAAACGAAGCCGAUCAUUUCCAAGUGUGGACUGGUGACCUAGAGAGUGAAACAAGAACGUUUUCUCCACCAAAACUUAAUCAAUCCAGCAAAAUGUUUAUCGAAACACUUGAGUUCACGAUACCUAUGGACUUGUAUGAUGUGUUUUCCACUUUGAAAGACGGACCAAAGGAAAACCUUGAAUUUCCAGCGUCUGUGAAUUCCUACGGCACAACUCAAGAUGCCAACAUUCAAGUGACUCUACGGUCUAACAAGUUGACUUUUGUUGUGGAUGGUGUCUCAUCAAACGCAAGUAUGAUUUCUAAAAGUGAGUGUAAAACGCUGAAACUUGCAGUAUUCGAUGUGGAUCGGACAUUAAUAGCUCAAGAAAAUGCGCCGAUGAUGAUGACGCAAAUGGCAUUACCAUCAUUUUCACCUCGAACCAAAAGGUCGCACGAGUUUUCAGUUUCAGAUCAUUCUAAUGUAAAAUUUAGUCGGACUUCCUAUUCCGAAUCCACACCACCACGAAGUCAACCCCGCAACAUUCCACAUGCUCAAACCACACCACGUCCGUCCAACACUCCAAAAUCAAGAAAUGACCCCCCAGUGAAUGUGAAACAAGAACCAGAAGAUCCAGAUUUAAUAGAAAUAGAACCGGAUCCAGAACUUGACGACAUUGUGCCAAAGAAAGAGACUCCAUACAUGCAAAUAGAUUAUUCCUCAGAUGUACCUCAUACGCAAACGUCCCAAGCAGCUUUAGAUCGACUCUCUCAUCUACAAUCAUCCCAUUCUCAAUCACCCGGUUCUUCAUCAUCGUCCUUCCAUCAAAACGUUCCACAUGUGCCAGAUUACGCCGAACCCAGUACUAGUCAAGUUCAUCAUGGUGACCAAAGUGCAGAUGACUAUUUAGUGUUCCAAGACGACAAUGACUACGGCGACGAUAACGGAGCAGAUUAUAGCAAUGACGAUAUUCAUGAUAUGGCUGGAGCAAGUUUAUCAGUUGGCUAUUCCCUUGAAGAGCUCGGUAUCCCAGUUCUCCCUGUAGGACAAGGUGCUCAGCGGGGUACUGAACCUCCAGCUAUACCUUCAUCCAAAAAACAUUCUUGUCCCUAUUGCCCAAAGAUGUUUGCAAGUCGUGGUGCUCGCUGGUAUCACAUCAAGGCCAUACACGAACUCUCUCAAUAUAUUUGUGUGUGUGGAAAGCAGUAUCGGUAUAGCAAUUCCUUGGCUAAUCACAAAAAGCUGUGCACUGUGGCAAAUUCUUAGUCUUUCUUGUGCCUUGUGGAUUCUUGGGAGAGAGUUGAGUAUCUUUUGAAGGACAGCACAGUUGUAUUCUACGCACGCAAGAUGCAAGAAUUUAUGAACAAAAUAUGUUGUAAUAAGUUCUUGGUAAUCUUUGUUGAGCCUUUUGGAUUCUUGGGAACAGAGUUGUGUGAGUCUUUUGAAGUGAAGUACAACACGAUCAUGUGGUUCUUGAACAUUAUUGCUGUGGAUUCAAGGUUACCUUUGGACCUAUUUCAAGGACCCCUUAAACACAAUGCAAUACUUGAACUGGCAUCUUUUGUUAUUUUCAGAUAUUCAUGGUUUGGGCAUCUCUUUUGGACUGAGUCCUCCGGGGGUUGAGAGUAUUGGUCAGAGGACAAGUGUUUCUUACGAAGGGCAGAUCUGUGGCGCGGUUCGCAACAGUCGGGGCCGGGUUUACCCAGAUCCCGUUGGUGGAAACUAUCCGUGUCCAGACUGUGACAAGAUGUUUGCCAGUGAUGGCUCCCGCUGGAACCAUGUUGCUGCCAUUCAUGACAAACUCAGUUUUACAAGUCUGUGUGGGAAGACUUUCAAUUAUCGACAUAAUUUAGCCCGGCAUAAGAAAACUUGUCCCAUAUGUAUGGAGAUGGGAUUUCAUCAUCAACCAAGAUGAAGAAGCAUUUGAAAAAUAUCGACUAGAUUCGUGUAUUGGGUGCAACGUCAGUAUUUGUGUUGAGAGUUAGGACUGAGUGAAUGUUGUUUCAGUCACCAAUAUUCCUGGAAAUCAUGAUUAUCCCGUCGGGAUUCCGGGGGUUAGAACAUGUCCAUUGAAACCUAUGCUGGUCCACCUUGUGCGGAUUCUGGGGGUUAGAACAUGUCCACAGAAACCUGUGCUGGUCCACCCUGUGGGGAUCGGGGGCUUAGAAUAUGUCCACAGAAACCAAUGCUGGUCCACCCAGUGGUUAUCGGGGGGUGAGAACAUAUCCACAGAAACCUAUGCUUGUCCACCCUGUGGGGAUUCCGGGGACUAGAACAUAUCCACAGAAACCUGUGCUGGUCCACCCUGUGGGGAUUCCGGGGGGUUAGAACAUGUCCACAGAAACCUGUGCUGGUCCACCCUGUGGGGAUUCCGGGGGGUUAGAACAUGUCCACAGAAACAUGUGCUGGUCCACCCUGUGGGGAUUCCGGGGGGUUGGAACAUGUCCACAGAAACCUGUGCUGGUCCACCCUGUGGGGAUUCUUGGGGGUUAGAACAUGUCCACAGAAACCUAUGCUUGUCCACCCUGUGGGGAUUCCGGGGACUAGAACAUGUCCACAGAAACCUGUGCUGGUCCACCCAGUGGUUAUCGGGGGGUUAGAACAUAUCCACAGAAACCUAUGCUUGUCCACCCUGUGGGGAUUCCGGGGACUAGAACAUAUCCACAGAAACAUGUGCUGGUCCACCCUCAGGGGAUUCCGGGGGGUUAGAACAUGUCCACAGAAACCUAUGCUUGUCCACCCUGUGGGGAUUCCGGGGACUAGAACAUAUCCACAGAAACCUGUGCUGGUCCACCCUGUGGGGAUUCCGGGGGGUUAGAACAUGUCCACAGAAACCUGUGCUGGUCCACCCUGUGGGGAUUCCGGGGGGUUAGAACAUAUCCACAGAAACCUGUGCUGGUCCACCCUGUGGGGAUUCCGGGGGGUUAGAACAUGUCCACAGAAACCUGUGCUGGUCCACCCUGUGGGGAUUCUUGGGGGUUAGAACAUGUCCACAGAAACAUGUGCUGGUCCACCCCGUGGUGUUUUUUAUAGAAUGGAGAAUACGCUGGACAAUCGAGGCUGAGGCAAAUUAAUAGUAGAACAAUUUCCCCGAUAAUAUUCUGUCUCCUGCUUUGUUUUUCAUAUGUUCUAUUUUGAUAAUUUCACUUUUUGAUAAUGAGAAAAACAAUGGAUGAAAAGUUCAAAAUGUAGUUAUAAUUGUUUUCAGAAUCAAAUCAAACAGAUAAGCAUAUAUAUUUUUUUUUUUAGAGCUUUGAACCUGUUUAUGAUUGAUAAGGUUAUUCGUUCAGCUGGGAUGAGCUGAGGUGAAGAGAUUUGUGUGAUGAACAGCUUUCCUCCCACAUGAAGAUCUACACAUCUUGAUAUAAGGGAAAUACCGUUCAGACUCACAUAAAACUACGCCAAAAGUGACUGUAUUUGUUCAUGUUAUUUCAGCAGAUGUUUUAGGAUUUGACAGGAUUAUGGCUUUGAUACUCUUGUGAGCAUUAUAUGAUCUGUCACUCAACCUGAUAAUAGGAUCAAGGACAGGGUCGGAUUAGGUCCUUCUUGUCCAACAGAACCUGCAUACCGUAUUCAACGUAAUAAGCGCCCACGGCGAUAUUUACUAAUAUAUUGGCAAGUGAACAAUCCCAAUUAGCACCCCUUCCGAUUGAUCAAUGUACAUAAGUUUUAAAUUUAUUUGUGUAUAA